GCGGGCGCGCCCAGGUAGCGGGCCGCUGAGCGCGCAGCGCGGACCCUCGCGGGGACCUGCGCCGCUGCCACCAUGUCUCAGGAAGGUGUGGAGCUGGAGAAGAGCGUCCGGCGCCUCCGGGAGAAGUUUCACGGGAAGGUGUCCUCCAGGAAGGCGGGGACUCUGAUGAGGAAAUUUGGCAGCGACCACACCGGAGUGGGGCGCUCCAUCGUGUACGGGGUAAAGCAGAGAGACGGACAGGAACUGAGUAAUGACCUGGAUACCCAGGACCCCCCAGAGGACAUGAAGCAGGACCAGGACAUCCAGGCGGUGGCGACCUCCCUCCUGCCGCUGACAGAAGCCAACCUACGCAUGUUCCAGCGCGCCCAGGAAGACCUCAUCCCCGCCGUGGACCGCCAGUUCGCCUGCUCCUCCUGUGACCACGUGUGGUGGCGCCGCGUGCCCCAGCGGAAGGAGGUGUCCCGGUGCAGGAAAUGCCGGAGGCGCUAUGACCCGGUGCCCUGUGACAAGAUGUGGGGCGUGGCAGAGUUCCACUGCCCACGGUGUCGACACAAGUUCCGGGGCUGGGCGCAGAUGGGGUCCCCGUCCCCCUGCUACGGGUGCGGCUUCCCCGUGUACCCGACACGGAUCCUCCCUCCGCGCUGGGACCAGGACACGGAUCGCCGCGGCACCCACACCCACUCCUGCUCGGCCGAGGACUGUUACAACCGGCGAGAGCCCCACGUCCCUGGGACGUCCUGCGCGCACCCCAAGAGCCGGAAGCAGAACCACCUCCCCAAAGUCCUGCACCCCAGCAACCCCCACAUCAGCAGUGGCUCCACGGUGGCCACCUGCCUGAGCCAGGGCGGUCUCCUGGAAGACCUGGACAACCUCAUCCUGGAGGACCUGAGGGAGGAGGAGGAGGAGGAAGAGGAGGAGGAGGGCGGGCACGGGGAUUGACCCCUCCGGGUGCAGAUGCAAACCAGACACGGUCUGUGGAUCUUUUGUGUUGUUAUAAAACAUGAGCUCAAACCGAGAUCUAAAUGCCCUUGGGGAGCCAUCAAGGUCUGAGACAUUGGCCGGGGGAUCCUGGGUCCUGUUUGCAGGGCCCCGGGGAGCAGAUCCGCAGCGGAAAGGUCUGUGGGACGUGGCCCGCACUGAGCCACGAAGGAGGCGUGGCCAGGACAACCUGGGCUCCUGCGGACCCACAUCCCUGGGAUCU